GGCAAACAGAGGGCAGGGGGCCCAUCCAGCCUGAGGCAGGCACCCGCUUGGUCCAGGGUCCUCUUGCUUGGUCUCAGGAUGGCCACCGCAUGCCGCUGCCUCUCCCUGCUGCUCCUGUCCACAUGUGUGGCUCUGCUGCUGCAGCCACCACUGGGUGCCCAGGGGGCCCCACUGGAACCAGUGUACCCAGGGGACAAUGCCACACUGGAGCAGAUGGCUCAGUAUGCAGCUGAACUCCGCAGAUACAUCAACAUGCUGACUAGACCCAGGUAUGGGAAAAGAGACAGAGAAGAGACGCCGGGCUUCUUGGAUUGGGACUCGCCCCAUGCAGCUGUCCCCAGGGAGCUCAGCCCGAUGGACUUGUAAUGCCACCUUCUGCCUCCUCUGACUCCAAGGGCAGUGCCCACCCAGCUCUCCCUUCCACACCCUUGGCUCUGGCCAAAGCUUGCUACCUGCUCCCACACAGGCUAAAUAAAGCAAAUCAAAGACA